AUGGAUUUUGCACGAGCUAGCAAUAGCGGUGCUGCUUGUACUUGUGUUGUUACGGAGUAUCAUUUUCAUGACAGAAAUGACUACUCUAUUGAAGUUGACUAUUUUUCUUUGCAAGAGCUUCGAACUCAAUUUGAGCAGCUUCUAAGCUCGUUGCGAGACUACGAGUCGACUACUGCGUCAGCCCUGGCAGCGAUGGCAGCCGAGGACCGCGAGAACCUGAAGCGAAAAGCAGAUCUUGCAACAAGUACUUUCAGGGCGAGCUUCAGGGAAAGAUUGGAUAAUAAUACUGCGGUGCUUGACGUUAUGGUUUUUGAUGAAGCCAUUGACACAAUGAUGACUUGGGUUUUGCAGGUUCUCCCAGAGCUAGGCACGGGAGAAUCAGUCAUUCUAUCACGAGAGUCGUUCGAGGACAUUAAUCAAUGUUCCAAUCGACUGAAAAGCCUGACAUCCGAGAUGGAAGAAAGAGAUCAAGCAUGCCUUUGGCCUUUCAUUCGUAAAUUAAAGGUGUACAUGAAGGCAUAUAUAUUAAGCAGGGGGCUUAUAUUAGCAGACCUUCCAGGACUUCGGGACCUCAACUCUGCACGACAGAACGUUACGGAACGAUAUGUCAGACAAUGCCACCAGAUAUUUGCAGUUGCCAGGAUCGGUAGAGCGACGACAGAUACAGGGGUAAAGGAAGUGUUUGAACUCGCACGCCGAGCUGCAAUGUCAAAUGUUGGAGUCAUUUGUACACAGUCAGACGACAUUAGGCCCAACGAGGCAAGGGAGGACUGGCCUUCUGAACGGACUAGAAUCACUAAACUAGAGAAAGACAUCGUCGAUCAGAGGCAUGUGAUUGCAGCUCUUGACGAAGAUAUACGCGAGUUUACCGAAGAGUUUCUUAUCUCGACUGAGGACGCGCAGGAAUUGUUGGAAAUUCAGCAGCACCGCGAUAGAGCAAAAAAACUGCUGGAGAAAUUUGAAUUUGAGUUGAGCCACCACAUCAUCACCUUUCGAAAUCGCAAAGUGUCUAGUCAAUUGAAGAAUAUAUACAGAAGCUAUCCAGGAGGGGACCACCUUCAAACCUUCUGCAUUAGUAAUACCAUGUAUUCAAAGGAGCGCGACAAGCCCGCUCAGAAAGCUCUUCCAUUUCUCACCCUCAGCGGGAUCAUUGAAUUGCGGCGUUAUUGCAUCGGCAUCGUUGCCGAAAGUCAUCUUCGAGCAACAACCGAGUACAUCAAGGAUGAGAUUCCUGCACUCUUAGGUUCGAUUGAAUUGUGGAUUCAGGCAGGAUCUGGGGACGUGAAUGCAGAGAGGAAAGAGCAAAUCUUAGAUAUGGUGUCUGUCAUUCAGCGAGAAUUAGACGGAUUGACUUCUCCAGUGUCUCAAAUCAAUAAUGUCUCACGAAUCUUAAUUUCCAAAUUUGACGAGCAGUUGAGGGGGUACAUGAGACAACGAGCACAGCAAUGGAGUGCCAGCGCGGGCCAAGCAAGUAUGCUCUGGGACUCGUUUCAUCACUCCUCAUACGCAGCUUUUUGCCGGAAGUAUGGUGACCAUACAACGGGUAAAGUAGGGCAUCGAUGCUGGAACGAAGAGGCCAUUCGUUCAAUGAGAAGUGACAUGCUCGGACUAUGGGAGACGUUUGAUACAGAUAUUGAUACCUUCCUCAAUCAAAUUUCGAUGUCAAUAGAGGAGGUAUUCCGAAAUGGUAUUAGGGCCACAGGCGGUAUAGCGAAUUCAGAUCGCUGUCUGCAAGAUCGACUUAACCCUCUCAUCGCGACACUACAUCAUCGCGAGACGUUGCUAUUAGGUAGCGUCGAAACAGUCAUCGAAGAUUUUCAAAUCAAGUUGUCCAGUGUCCAGACUGAUGCCUUCUCACCUAUCCGCACAUCAAUUGUCGGCCAGCGUAUGGAAGGUAUUUACGACGCUGCCAACAAGGAAAACGGUACAGGUAGCGACCGCCGUAAGAAAAAUAUCAUAGAGUCCGGCUUCAGCUCGUCGAGCUUAUUCGUUGACCAUCGUCGACUCUUUAAAGAGAAGUUCCUCGCCAUCUCUGAAACACUGCAACAGGAAUUAAAAGAUGCAGUGACCCACCAGCUCUCAUUUAUCGCAGCCGAUCUGGACACUUUGAGAAGUGAAAAUGUGGUCCUAGAGAGUGAAAGAAAUCCUGAAUAUCGAGCACACCUUACAACAGAACUUACUCGGGCUAGAGAAAAUAUGGAACCUGUCAGAAGUGCUAUGGAUAAUCUCUUGAAUCUCGCUCGCGAGGAAGUCGUGAUGGAGGGAUAA